CCCCCUGAAUGCAGUUCUCUGGGACCACCUUCUUUUGGCUUCAACUGCUCCCACUCUUGACAUCUGAGCUGCUCAGAGGGAAGCUUCUCCAGGUCCGAGUGUUUAUAUGUAAAGGAGACUGGCCGCUAGGGCUCAGGACCGGGAUUAUCCAAGCUCUGCAGAAAAGCGAGAGGCUAUUACUUUUGAAGGGGGAAAAAGUCACACGAUUUCCAGUGAAAAGUGACAGAGGGUGGUGGUGUUUGGAACCGUCCUGAAGUCUUCUGCCUGGAUUCCAAGACUUGCAUGCUAUGGAACACCCGCUCUUUGGCUGCUUGCGCAGCCCGCACGCCACAGCGCAGGGCUUGCACGCAUUCUCUCAGUCCUCUCUUGCCCUCCAUGGAAGAUCUGACCAUAUGUCCUACCCCGAACUUUCUACUUCUUCCUCGUCUUGCAUAAUCGCAGGAUACCCCAACGAGGAGGGAAUGUUUGCUAGCCAGCAUCACAGGGGGCACCACCACCACCACCACCAUCACCACCACCACCAUCAGCAGCAGCAGCAUCAGGCUCUGCAAACCAACUGGCACCUCCCGCAGAUGUCCUCYCCACCGAGUGCGGCUCGGCACAGCCUCUGCCUCCAGCCUGAUUCCGGAGGGCCGCCGGAGCUGGGGAGCAGCCCGCCGGUCUUGUGUUCCAACUCUUCCAGCUUGGGCUCCAGCACUCCUACCGGGGCCGCGUGUGCUCCUGGGGACUACGGCCGCCAAGCAUUGUCACCCGCGGAGGCGGAAAAGAGAAGUGGCGGCAAGAGGAAAAGCGACAGUUCAGAUUCCCAGGAAGGCAAUUACAAGUCAGAAGUCAACAGCAAACCCAGGAAGGAAAGGACAGCUUUUACCAAAGAGCAAAUCAGAGAACUUGAAGCAGAAUUUGCCCAUCAUAAUUAUUUGACCAGACUGAGGCGAUAUGAGAUAGCYGUGAAUCUAGAUCUUACUGAAAGACAGGUGAAAGUGUGGUUCCAGAACAGGAGAAUGAAGUGGAAGAGGGUAAAAGGAGGACAACAAGGAGCUGCAGCUCGAGAAAAGGAACUGGUGAACGUGAAAAAAGGAACACUUCUCCCGUCAGAGCUUUCAGGAAUUGGUGCGGCAACCCUCCAGCAGACAGGGGACUCGCUAGCAAAUGAAGACAGUCAUGACAGUGAUCACAGCUCAGAGCACGCACACUUAUGAUCCACAUAGAGAGGACCAGCUCCAUUCUCAGGAAAGAAAUGUUGUGAUGGCAAGCCUUACCCAAACAUCGUUUACACAGAGAGGACUAUGGCAGUGGUGUUUAAUAUUAAGUUCAGGCAUCGCAAGUUUGUUUCAUGAUUUAUAGAGAGUUUACACUAAGGGCCACUUAUUGAGGAUGCCUCCACAGUGAAGAUGGAGAAGGUGGACUUGCUUUGAAUAUUGCAGAUAUGUUUGGUCRUCAUAUGUAUGACAGUGAGCAGGUGUGGGUUUGCUUUUGCUUGCACUGAAAAGUAAAUUGCUAUCAAGAGCAAACUAUGAGACAUUUUUAUUCAAGAUGCCUGGAGAGUGAAGAUCUGAAGAUGAACUUUCUUUGAACAUUCCAAAUGUACAAGGUCAUUUUUUUUGUGACAGUGGGCAGGUAUUUGCUUUUGCUUGCACUGAUAAUUAAAU